GGCGGGGCGGUGGCGCGCGGCGGUUCCGGGCACGUCUGCGGUCGACGCGCGUUCCUCGUGCUGCGACCCGAUGGCCGCUCCGCAGGGCCCGCUGCCCCCAGAUCAUGCAACAAAAGAGCCAGUAGAGGAUACAGAUCCCAGCACUCUUUCCUUGACAAUGACUGAAAAAUAUCCUGUCCAAGACACUGGAGUACCUAAAGAUGAGGAAUACCAAACAGAUCAAGUUACACUGGAAAUUGCAUCUGUGAACAUCAGGAGUCUUACGUCAGAUUCUGGCCUAGUCCAGCAGCCAGAAGACAAAGACACUCAAAACCAUUCUGACAAAUCGCUUUCAGAUCUCAAGAAAGCCUGCAAAGAAAAUAGUACCUGCUCCCUGUGCUUAUUCCAUGCACCGACCAUCAGUGACAUGCUCAAUGAUGAGGACUUGUUGUACACAGUGAGGCUAAAGCUGGAUCCCUGCCACCCAACAGUGAAAAACUGGAGGAAUUUAGCAAGCAAGUGGGGGAUGACUUACGAUGAAUUGUGUUUCCUUGAACAGAAGCCUCAGAGUCCCACCUUGGAGUUUUUGCUACGAAACAGUGACAGGACUGUGGAGCAGCUGAUUGAGCUCUGUAAAUUUUAUAAGAGAAUUGAUGUUGUGAAAGUGCUACUGAAGUGGGUGGAGGAGGAAUGGCCCAAGAGAGGAAAAAGAAGUUACCAGAACGACUUGUAGGUCAAAGAAAGUGUUAGUUCCUGCUUGUUAUAUGUUGGGACUAGCUGCAACUAGUAGAUGGGAAGUUUCUCUUGUGACAGAGAGACGGUCUGUGCUGGCAGUCUGUAUACUGUGUAAGCUUUUGUACUGUAUACACAUAUAUAUGGUCUGUGCCCUCAGGAUUGUAAAGGUAACCUUUCAAAAGUGGGUAGAAUAAUGCAGGUUGUGUUUUUGAGUCUACAAACGCUUAUUUUCUUCGCUGCUGUUUGUAGGCUUCCUAAGCAGAAGAAUGAAAAAGCCAGACCACUGGUAUAAUGGCAGCAGUUGUGAGCCAUGUCAGUCAGUUGUGUAUUGUUGCUGCUGGGAAAGCUGCAAUUAGAAGGCAAGUCUCUUAGCUUUUCUGAUAGCCUUUCCACAGUUUUUGUGUUCUUCCUGCUAGAAGACAAGAGGAUAUUUCUUUUCUUUCUAAUUUUUAAGCUUUAUGACACUGUAUUUGGCACAGACGUGACUUGAUUGUCCAAGCAGCAGUUUGGAUUUCCACGUUUGAAUUAACUGAAUGUUUGAACAUCGCAUUCAGGCAAAAUUAAAUUCUGAGUCUCUUUCUACAAACAGGACUAGAUGUUAAAAUAAUUGCAUGUUUCUACAUCAUAGGGUAUAUUUCCUAUGGAGAAAUCAUCUAGUUCAGAAAUACUUUCCAGCCCAUAAAUGCCCUUUACCCAAAUAAACUAAUUCAGAAAACCCCACCACAAUUAAAAUGCUUUAUAGUUAAAAUUAGUUUCCAUAGUUUUGAAUAAACUGUUCACUCUGAGCAUUCCUUGAUAUUUUGCUCAAAUGCCUCUCAUUUUGCACUAUGAGGCGAUAGGGAAUGUCUCACCCACAGUGUAUCCUUAGUAUCAAAACAAGUGUAACUUCCUUGUUCAUAAACUGUGGUUUUCUUCACAGCUUUCCAGUUGUCUGAUCUACUUUCUGUCCUACACCAAAGUGGUUGUACGCUUACAUGAAAGUAGACCAGUUUAUGUAUUGAUUUAAAGCCACUGUAGUGGGAAAUCUGCAGGUGGAUUUGCCUGCGGAUCUAAGUGGAUGGUCAUUCAAGCACCUCUGGUUUAGACUGAUACGUAUCAAAGGCUGUUGAUAUACUGAAAUACACUGUUUACAAUGAAGAUAUUUCUAGAAUUUUGUUACCAUUCUUUGGUAUUCUAAUGGUUUAAAAAAAAAUACUGAAAAUUGAAAAAUCCGUUGUAUAAUAGGCUGUAUAAAGUACGCAUUGCUGAAAUGCCACUUACACCAAUGUUGUUACUUAAAUAUUUCUAGCUGUCACCCUUACUAAAACAUCUCAGAUGAUACUAAUAUGUACAUAGAUGUAUGUAAUGUAGCAGUGGUGAACAGUCUGUCAAGAUGCUGGGCAAAACUAGAGUGGGACAUGGAUGAUGUACUGUUCACUUUGCCCAAGUAGGAAUUAAUGUCACAGCUGAGGAAAGUCUGUCAGGUUGCAUUCUGAGUUUCUUAUAGGUACUGGCACAAAAGGUUACUGAGGAAUUAAAUGUAAAGACUAACUUUUGGUUUCAAGCACCAGUUAGUUCUGGGGAUGAUCUAAAUUAGCUUUUCUGCAGUGUCCUCAAGAAACUGAAGAUCUAGUUGCAAGGUAAGAGGAGUGACCUACAGUUGAUGUUUGAGUUUUUAUUUUUUUUUUAAAGAUUGUGGGAAACUGGAGUUUUGACAACUAUUUGUAUAUAACUUUAAUCGUUCCUCAGAAAAGCUGCUACUCUUCAGAACAGUAUAUUUUCUAGCCAUAUUUUUAAAGUGGAAGAUUUUUUGCUCUGUUUUGAAGGGGCUGCAGUUCAAAUGCUUCACUUUCGUUGUCUUCCGAUGGAGUCUUCUGAUAGAUGUGUGAACUCUUGCUGCUCAUCUUCUGCCUUUAGUUAGGGGUUCUGGAAUCAGCUCUAAGGAUUGCUACUGUGGGUAGGUUCUCUGCUAGUUUCAAUUCGUACAGAGGUAUCCACUGUGUACAUGCAAAUUGCCCAUAUACAGCUUGUCCAACAUAAUCCCUGUACCUUGGGCCCACCGCAUGCAUGAUUUAUGAUCAUGUGUCUGUGUCUUAAGAAGCUCUUAUGAGUGAUGAGGACUGGCAUGUCUACCCACAGCUUUUUUUUCCUCCUGUAACCUAGUACAGUUAUAUGCACAUGGUAGUGCAGUAUGCUUUGCUGUGGAUGCAGUCCAUUAAGGAAUCUAGCUGAAGCCCUUAUAUGAUGGCUCACAAAUGGGAACACGCAUUGAUGCAGUAUCAUUUCUGAAUCAGGAAGUCCAACUGAAAUCUACUCUUUUUCCUGUUUUCUGGCUACAAUUUGUAAGCUUUUGAACAAACACUGUUGCCUGGUGGAAGCUAAUUUUGAUCCUCUGGAACUCUUGAAAAAUCAAUGUCAGCUGCAAGGAUUCAUACUGAAAAUAAAGCUGCUUUUGAGAGUUUAUGAGGGUUCUGUGUGAGUUCAGCACUGAAGGCUGAAAGCGUUAGCAUUUAACUUCAUCACACACUGGAUAACUCAUUUGUAUACUUGAAAUAUUUUUUCAUCUUUGUAUGGCAUGAAUUGAGGUGUACACAAUUUUUUUUUUAGUUUUGUAUCUAUUUACAAGAUACUGAGUCUGAGUGUUCACUUUAAGCAUUCUUGUCUCUUCUGUUAUAAUGUAUACUAUGUUUAGAAAAAAUAUAGUUUAUCAGUAACUUUAUUGUAUUUGUUUUUAUUUCUUACAGCUAGGAAAACAGCUGUGUUCUUUCUCAUCGGUCGCCUUGGAACUACUGAACUAUCAAUUAGUAGUGCUAAGUAAAAGCAUUGUAAUAUGCAGAAUCCAUAGCUUUUUAGAGCACUUAUGUUUGGAGCAGGUACUGCCAAGGAAGAUAUAUUUUCAUAAAGGAAAGAGAAAAAGAGUAUGUUGUGAUAAGAUGUUGAACAAGGCUGCUUAUCUAGAAAACUUGCAGUGGUUACCAAAGAGAGGUAUGGCGCCUACACUGGGUGAACUCUCUCUGAAUUAAUAAUUAAACUGAUAGCAAAAGCUGGAUAAUUGCAUGUACACUGUAAAGAUUCUGCUAGACUUUUAAUUUUAUUCCAUUAUACCUUUCUCAUAUUCCCACACCAGACCUGCUCUCCCUUCAUUUUGUGAUUUUUUUUUUUUUUCUUUUUUCCUGCCACCUAUACCUGCAGGAUGUAUGGUGUAUAGGUAUGGCUCUUUCCACACACUUUAGAUUCAGGAAGAUGUCCAAACUUCUGCGUUCUUUUCAUUCCUACAGCAUUAACUGUGUGCACACUAACUGUUCUCCAGCAGCAAAGGUACAGUGCUCCAGGAGCCUUUAGUUUUCCUGUGAGGCCGGCUGCGGGGUAUCACCAAAAAGAGUGACAGAAUCCAGUUGCCUUACUCUCUACAUGCACUUCCCUGUGAUCUUCGGAUGAGAGUGCAAAAUGAAGUUUUGAGCUGUCCUUUGGAAGACUAUUGUAAAGAACAGGGUAGUCAGCAUGGCCCCAGGUGUUUGCUUGGAAGCAUUUGUGCAGAAAUGCUCAAAUUCUCUUCUUCCUGAACUACUGUGGUAUACUGCAGAGCUGCAACUUAAGUCAAUGUAGUAUCUGGUUCAAGGAACCUCAUUUUUCAGUUUCAAACUGACUGCCUCCCACACUCGCAAGUUAAGCUGUGAGCAAGUGGAAAAAAUGUAAAUUCUGCCUUAUGGUAGUGUAAAUUGUGGUAACACUGACAUGUGGCCACACAGCUGAAAAUUAUCAGGCACAGCAGAAUUGUUUAAGCAAGGUCAGAGAGAGUGCAUGGCAUUUAUAGUAACUUAAAGAUCAGUCUGCUUCUGUAGUUUUUGCAGCAUAUUAUGUUCUCCCAUCCACGAAGAAGUGAUUUGUUAUUCAUAACUAAUUUUAACACAUUUUGUAAGUCUUAAGUUUUGGGUCAGUAUUGGAUGGUGGGUCAGAACACUAUGAAAUGAGGACUUGGGCUUGUUUCUUCUUGUGACAGUACUGUAUUUCUUGGCCUGUUGGCUCAGCUAGUCCUGUUUGCCUGGCUACAGUGAGUUACGGCUUUAGCUGGGUGGGAAGGGUAUGCAUCUACUGGGCAGGUAGGCUGAAUGUAAGGUGCAAUGAGAAUAAUUUAUUUGGGUAAGGUAGACUUCACUUUGUAAGCAUGUAUCUUGGCCAGUGGCGUGGGAUUGUCUCUAUUUUAUAAAGAACUGAUGCAAGCAGAGGCUGAUAGACAUGAAAAAGCUCCUUUAUAUCAUCUGAUGGUGGUGGGAAGGAAAUCAAAGAGCCAGGCAGACUUGCUAGUUGGUUGGAUCUCUGUAUUUUACCUUCAUAAAAUAAUGAUUCCUGAUUUCAAAGAGAAAUAAUUGGGAUAAAAAACUUAGUUCCUUUCGGCUGCAUCUUUCAACUUCUUGAGAAUAAUGUAGUACUGCAUGAGAUAGGUAUGCAACUUUAUGCAUCUACGUAAAGGUGCUUCUGUUUUUGAAGAGUUUGUUUCAAAAUUAUGCAAUACUUAGUUUGAGAAUGCUUUUUGUCCUCUGUGGAUAAUCAGAUGUUCAUAUUUUUGAUGACAGACACAAAUCACAGCUAUAAGAUUCUUAACAGGAAGAGCAGGGAUAAGAAAGAGAAAUGGUCACCUAAAUCCUUACAAUAGCUAUGAGUUUUUUUUUUUUCUUUCAUGCUUCAUGCCUGAUAUAUGUGAGCAUCCCCCUCUCUGCUCAGAAUUCAGAUCGUUCUCGAUCCUGUGAACAGUUCCAUAGAUUUUGGUUUAAAUCCUAAUUCCCUGAAGCUGAGGAGUCCAUUGGCUCAGUAAGUACAUCUGUAAUUGCUUCUUCUCUAAUCGUUAGAAAGUACCUACCAUCUCGCGGUCAGAGGUGGUACUGCAGAUGCUUCAUUUCUCUUGAAAAUGGAGCAAUACAGUGGAAAUGAGCACACUUACAGCUGUGAAGACUCAGUGGGGAGAUGCAAAGAUAACUGCAGUGAGGAUGAUGGUGUAGCUAAAUGUGAAGGUGUAGCCCUGGGGAUCUUGGGUUUGAUCAUGCUCUGGUUUGGUGAAUAUAACAAAAGUUCUCUGCUUUGCACAGAUGUAUGAUAUUUGUCACCUGCCUAGGGUAGGAAUUGAGGCAUUAUGUUUUUGUAGACCUUAGUGCAAUCACCUGUUGGGAAGAGCAGACAGAACAGGCAUAGGUAUUGGUUUGCUGUACUAUCCAUUGCGGUGAGAAAGAUAAUUAUCCUGAUUAUGUAUCAGAAGCUCAUGUAAAAGCUUGUUACUAUCAGGCAGGUUGUGAUUGUACCAAAGAAUCCAGUUUAGCUGCUGACAGACUUGUAGUUGGUGAGCAUUGUGUUUAUCUGAACUAAGAAUUUAUUGUCACUAUUAGAUUGAACUACAUAUGUCCAAAAGCUCUGUUCUAAUUAUUGGAUUGUAUUCUGACAAUGCUGCUCGAGUGUUGCAUCAGUCUCUUCUCCAAAGUGGGAAAGGAAAAAGAAUACAUUGUAAAUGAAAGCUAAAUAUGUAGAAAGAGGGAGUUUGUAGGGAUACUUGAGUCCUCCUUCAGAUGGUAACUCUUGGCCAGGGACAGCUGUUAAAUUUGCCUUAGAUGAAAUAGUCUUGAGGAAGUACGGCAAGCAAAAAUCUGCUGGAAUAUGUGAAGACAGACUGUGCUAGCUGUGUGCUAGUAACACAGUCCCAGCAAUGGUUGUGUGCUUAGGAAUUCAGAGGAAUUGUAGUUUUGAAGGUAAAUGUUUGAAUUAGGACUCCAACUGUGAAUAUGAGGGAAGAUCUUGUGAUUUGCCAUCACAACUGCCAGCAGUAAGUGGUGAUAAAAGCAGUGAUCAGAGGGAAUCAGCAAAGAGAUAGCAGUCUAUGAACUAGACAGUUGUACUGCAGUGCAAGGUUGCUCCAGCUGAACCCCAAGUGUCUCACUGUCAAAGGCAUAUUAGCUCUGAGAGCUGAAAAAGGAUUUUUCUGCAAAUUCUAUGAACUGCUUCUGACUUAGCCUUCAAAGAAAUGAUCAGCACAUUAAUUGAACUGUUCUGCUUCAAUAGAGAACUGCUACAUACUUCAAAUCCGUUUAUUUCCUUUGGAUUGCUUCUUCUCAGUGGAGAAGAACCCUGGGUCAGAAGUGGGAGCAGAAUUUUAUUUUGUGGGUUUUCUAGAAAUACCUCAGCUUACUGCCCCUUUCCCAUAUCGCUGUUUUCACUGCAACCCUCAAGUGUCUCCACUGUCUCUGAGAUGGAGUUUCAAAUCUACUUUGAGAUUGCUUUAAAAUAUGGAGAAGUGAGGGGGUUUCCACAAGCUUGUGUUAGUCUGGGUUGUCGAAACUUUGUACUCUUCAAACUGGAGUGUCUUGGAAUAACAGCUUCAAAUGGAAGGUCAGUGCUAGUUUAGGCUCUGAGUCUUCAUUCUCCUUCAGCUGCACUGGAGUUAUGUAGAACAUCUCAUAGCAGCUUUCUGCUAAUGUCUAUUUACAGACAACAGUUAUUGGUCUUCUUGAAGCCCUCUGUGAUCCUAAAUGAAGCACCUUUUGCCAAGCCAUUGGCUUUGCUACUCUUUCAUCUUUAUCUGUGCUCAGUAGAAAUGUCCUUGUCAUACCUUUCUGCAAAUGAAUCCUUUGAUGCAGGUGAGCUAAUGUAUCCUUGAAGCAGCUAUCCUACAGCUAUUACGUAUGGUGUGCAAUGUAUUUUCUUCUCUGCCAACAUGCUAGUUAAAUGUGGAAUACGGAAAACUUUGCUGUUAUUACUUGCUGUGACACAUGCGCAUUGUGUGGGGCACAGGGCAGUGCUCAGAACGGGGAAGGAGGGAGAAGAUAGUGAAGGCUUUGGAGGGCAGGAGGUGUGAGAAGCAGCUGAGGGC